CACGUUUCUCCUUUACCCCUAGGCUGAACCAGAGACCCCCCUGCUAAGCACAGCCUGUGCUCAUGCCCAGGAAUACCCUCCGCCUACCGACAGUGCCUUCUUGGGAAGCAUCUUGACAAUAAUGGCAGAUGAAGAGCCAGAAGCAGCUCCUGUGCCCUUGCUUGGAAGUGACAAGAGUGCUUUCACCCGAGUAACAUCAAUGGUUUCCCUUCAGCCUACAGAGAUCCCAGGCAUGGAGAAGAGCCUGGCAGAAAUGGGUACAGUGACUCUGGAGCUUCAAAGCCUGUGUUCCCUGCUGCAAGAGUCUAAAGAAGAAGCCGUCAGGGCUCUGCAGCAAAAGAUUUGCGAUCUGCAGGCUAGGCUACAGGCCCAGGAAGAACAGCAUCAGGAAGCCCAGAAGGCAAAGGAGGCAGACAUAGAGAAGCUGAACCAGGCCUUGUGCUUGCGCUACAAGAAUGAAAAGGAGCUCCAGGAAGUGAUACAACAGCAGAACGAGAAGAUCCUAGAACAGAUAAACAGGAGUGGAGAGCUCAUAAGCCUUAGAGAGGAGGUGACCCAGCUCACCCGCUCACUUCGGCGUGCGGAGACAGAGACCAAGGUGCUGCAAGAGACCCUAGCAGGUCAGCUGAACCCCGACUGUCAGCCUAUGGCCACUAACUGGAUCCAGGAGAAAGUGUGGCUCUCCCAAGAGGUGGACAAGUUGAGGGUGAUGUUCCUGGAGAUGAAAAAUGAGAAGGCAAAACUCAUGGUCAAGUUCCAGAGCCAUAGAAACAUACUAGAGGAGAAUCUUCGGCGCUCUGACAAGGAGUUAAAGAAACUAGAUGACGUUGUUCAGCAUAUUUAUGAGACUCUGCAGUCCAUCCCAGAGGUUGUGAGGGGUUGCAAGGAGCUACAGGGAUUGCUGGAAUUUCUGAGCUAAGAAACUGAAAGCUGGAAUCUGAUUCACCCUUUUUGACUUGCAAUACUCCCUUACCCCAACAUCAGGACCAAUAGACAAAGAACUAGCUAUGUUUAAUGCUAUUUAAAUAAAAUAUAUUUAAUGUA